ACUCUAUCAUACCAUUUUUAGGCGAGUACUAGUUAACGUCAAUUUAAUCUAGCAGCGCUUUCAGAAAACCCUAACAACGAAAUUAAUAAAAUUAAAACUAAACCUAAAAGAAAAAUGAAAAUUUGUUUUGCAUUUUUGACUUUGUUAGGCCUUACCCAGGCGGCCAGUUUAUCUUAUUUGGUGGCACCAGCAUUACGUUCGUAUCCCAUUGUCUAUGGCAGUCAAACAUCAUCCAUUAUAACACCCGUACAGCAUCAGUAUCAUACACAAGAUGAAUUAGGUCAAUAUGCCUAUGGCUACAGUGAUCCUCUAUCUACUAAACAAGAAGUACGUUCAUUAGAUGGUGUUACCCGUGGCUCCUAUUCCUACCGAGAUGCCAAUGAUAUUCUGCAAACUGUAGACUAUACAGCUGAUGAUAGUGGCUUUCAUGUGGCUGCCACUAACUUACCAAAACCGGUGCAACAGGAAACAUUUCGUCUCACUGCAGAGCCGUCAAUUUCCCAUACAAUUUCCUCAGCUGUCGCUACCACAAAUUCCCUCGCUGCCUCAGAUACCGAUACUGAAUCAAAUACCUCAACUCGUACGUUUGGUGACACAAUUUAUACGUCGAGCGGGUUGCGCUUGGCAGAGCAUACAGCCGCUCACUCAAAAUCUUCUACAGAUCCAGCCAAUGUUCGCUCUGUGGAAUUGUCUCAGCCCAUGGCGGAUUCCCUUAAGGUUACCCUUACCCCAGCCAAUUCUGUAUACGUAAAUGAAAAGCCUCAUAAAGUUUUUGUCUCUUCACCGUUAGCUGUACCCGUUGCGAAAACUUUAGUGCCCAAGUUAUAUACGUAUGGUUAUCCGUUAACCAAGCAUUUUUAUUCGAAUGGAUAUUAUUAUUAAUUAAAUGUACCAACAAAAUUUCGGAAUUUGUGAGAAAUAAAGAAAUCUAAAGUAA